AUGCUUGAAAAAGGAAAUAAUUCUAGUAAGAAAUUAUACCCAGCAGCUACAAAAACCACUAUGAAGUCAAAAUAUAAGUUUACUAAUAAAAAAUCAAGGCGCUGCAGUAAUGCGAGACCCUUGCCGUCUCUUGUCGAUUUAGAGCGAAUGUUCGAAGAUUCUAAUGAUAAUUCAAUAGAUAUCAAUUCAAACACUUCUGCUGUUAAUAAUAAUCAGAGUUCUCAAGACUUACAGUUACAAUUUUCACCUACUGAAUUUAAAGACAUACCUAAAUACCCAAACGCUCAAACUAUUGAAUCAACAUAUAAGGAAAGCUUGAAUACCCAAGAUUCCUUCUCUCAAACACAAGAACAAGCCAGUGGAUUAUAUACAAAGUUCUCAAAUGAUAAAUUAUUUGAAAUAAAAAAAUCUACAGAAUUUGUUUCGAACGAAAAUGAUUGUACCAUUGACUUAACUGAUGAAACGGAUGAAAUACCUUUUGAUGAAUGUAAAAGAAUAAACCAUAUGGACUCAAAAGUCAAAAUAAGUGCUGAAACACUUAACAAAUCAAACAACAGUGAGCGUAAUGAAGACGAAAAUCAUAGUGACUGCAGUGAUAAAACAAUUAUUUAUGAUUAUGGAACAUGUCAGAAAUUUUCACCUCUGCCAAGUACAUCUACAGAUAUGGAAACAAUUAUGAAAAAUGAUGAUAAUUUGUCUAAUAGUUUUAUAUGUGCUAUAGAAACAAAACAUUUGCCAGAAACAAAUGAUUCUUUUAACUAUAGUGGUGUGCUGAUUGAACUUAGUGACCACAAAAAUGAAGUUGAGAAAGCAAAACCAAUACUAAUUGAGAAUAUAGAUAGUACUGACAAUGACAUUCAAAUUAUUGAUGAGGUUUUUAUAAUUGACGAAGACAAAACAAAUAUAGGUGAAAAUGACAAAAAACAAAAGACUGAAGUUAUAAAAAAAAAAAAAGUUAAGAAUACGUAUCUGCCAGCCAAAAAUGACAUAACUGUAAUUAUCGAUGAUGACAACGAUUACUCCAAUAAUGUAAUAACAACAUUACAACCUCAAGAAGAAUGUGAAUGUGUUGAAAUUAUAUGUGAAAAUUCAAACUUAAAAGAUGUUAGACCAGAAAGAUUUACGUCUAAGAUCACUAAUACAAAGACAAAUAAUCAGUUCAUUGAAGUGUCGGACGAUUCAGAUGUAAUUAGCAUUUUGCUAGAUUUAAAUCAUUCACCAAUACAUACAAAUUGUAGGACUAUUUCUACAAAUACAUCUGUUGGGAAUGUCAAUUAUUCAACUCAAAAUAGUUCUGCAAAUAAUGCUAUAGAAUCCAUUAAUCUCACCAAAGAAUCCUUAAAUUUGAACAAUAAAGUAUCAAACAGUAGUAAAAGAUUACUUGUAGAAACAUCUAUUUGUGAAGAUUUAAAUAAAAUCCAAACUGAAAAACCUAGGACAGGUAUAGGAGAUUGCCCAAUCUGUUUAGAUUCUCUUUUAAAUAAUAACAUAGUAUCAACCAUAUGUGGUCAUUUAUUUUGUAAGAAAUGUAUAGAUGCUGCUCUCAAACAAAGCAACAAAAGGUGUCCAACUUGCCGAAAAUAUCUUCGUAAUAAACACUCUUAUCAUCCAAUCUUUUUGUGA